UCCCGCCCCACCCGCAGUCUUUCAACGAGCUUCACUCAAGCGAGUGCAUCACGAAGGGAGAGUGCAGAAAGUGUCGUCCAUCCAAUCAUUAAUUUGCGUUCAACAAAAUAUAGGUAAUAGAGUUUAAAACGCGUUUGAUUUUAUCUAGUGCUUUGAUUUCGCGGCGGUUCAAUCAAAGGACAGACAGUAGUGUGAUUUACCCCGGUGGUAAGACGCAUGCAAAUUUCGCUGGACAUCUUCCUCGAGCGGAAAUCGUAUUAUCGUCCUUUGUGAUUGCAGAGUGAAUCAGACUGGUGAUCCGCCUCCCAUUUUUGUUCCCUCUUGAUUUUUGACACGGCGAGAGAAAGACUGAAGACGUGCGACUCGUCGAAAUUUUGCCUUUCAUAAAUACCUGAGGUGUCACGUCGCUGUAAAUGCGGGAGGAUUGGUGAUUCGGCCCGGAGGAUUUGACAUUAUUGGUGCUUCUAGAGGAAGCGCUUUGCAAAUCAUCUGCGGAGCAGGGAGAAAAGUGCUUUCUGGAACUUCUUCACAAGCAUUUUGACAGCCAGCGGAACGAUCGUGGAAGACAACAAACACUAGCAAUAAUAAGAAGAAACAUAAAUAGUCCCCCGCGGAGCAAUGAUGGCCGAGUCGGACAACACGGCGGAAGCGACGAGACGGCUCAACGUCAAGAAGCAAACGCUGGACGAUGCCUAUGCGAUUCCGGCCAACUUCCUGGAGAUCGAUGUGGUGAACCCGCUGACGACGGUGACGGCCGGGAAGAAGCGCUACACCGACUACGAGGUCCGGAUGAGGACUAAUCUGCCAGUGUUCAAAGUCAAGGAAUCCAGCGUCCGGCGACGAUACAGUGACUUCGAAUGGCUACGAAACGAACUUGAACGCGACAGCAAGAUCGUUGUGCCGCCGCUACCGGGCAAGGCGUGGAAGCGCCAGAUGCCGUUCCGUGGCGACGACGGCAUCUUCGACGAGAACUUUAUCGAGGAGCGACGAAAGGGCUUGGAGCAGUUUGUGAACAAAAUUGCCGGUCAUCCGCUAGCCCAGAACGAGCGCUGUUUGCACAUGUUCCUCCAGGAGCCCACCAUCGACAAGAACUACGUUCCGGGCAAGAUCCGGAACACGUAAACUGAUUACGGGCGGAGAGAUGUGUAGGCUAUAAUAUUAUGGCUUGGUUAGGACAAUUCGGACGCGAACAGAACGGGAGGAGCAAACAAAAAGAAAACUAUUCAAGGAUCUUAUUAUUUAGUGGGAAAAUUCGAGUUUCUUGUCAUUAUACCAUUCAAUGUCGUUGGUAGAAAAAAAAAAGCCGGAAUCAUUCAUCGAAACCCCCUAGCUACUGAUAAGUACCCAUUUAAUUUCGAACAAACUACACCGAGAGCACACCGUGCUCAUCCAUAAAGCAAAUUUGGGUAAUUUUGACUAGCAGUGUACGAGCCGACGGCAGAACAGAAAAAUGUAACGCCUGUCACUCCGCCUCGUCAGUCAUCCCUCUCGGUGUCUAAGCGUUACGUACUGUUUAUUUUCAGCAACGAAGUUACGAGUCGCGACUCUUCUUUAUCGACACAUCCAGUUUCCGUUUUUGAAUGUAUGGUGUCUCGAAAAGCUACUGGCACUAUAGUCUCUUUUUAAAUAAGGUAUUUCUAUCAAUUGUUGUCCCAAGCAGUUAUCGAAUCACAAAAGUAUAUGUAUGGAAAUAAGUUACAUAGAUUUUGCUUUCCAAAUCAUUUCAAUUGGAAUUGAUAUAAAGUUGAUUAGAUUGAACGUUAUAAUUUGUACAAACCAAAUGUAUUCCGUAGAUCACUUUUUGGCACGAACAGCUCAAGAUUCUCAACCGUAAUCAAAUCAAUAAUUGACAAACAAAUAAACAUGUGAGUGUACUAUUCUUUAAUUAUCUACGAUUAUAUUAUAUAUUUGAGCAAAAUUGUAUGAAUGAAGGUAAAUGAACAUAUUAAUUAUUGAUACUA